UCUCUGGGCUAAUGUCACACCAAGUCACUAUGCUUAUCACGGCUUGAGCUCUGAUAUUUGUUUCAUUUUGUCAGUCACCACAAAAUGUUCAAACUAAGCAAACGAUUGCUGCCAACUCUAAACUGGAUUCAACGUCUGGCCUCCAACUCCUCCGCAACGACUCCUGAGCGCACAGCAUUGUAUGAUUUUCAUGUGAAAAAUGGUGGAAAAUUAGUCAAUUUCUGUGGCUAUUCAUUGCCGGUACAAUAUGCGGAUCAGAGUAUUAUAUCUUCGCAUUUGUAUACCCGCCAAGUGGGCUCUAUUUUCGAUGUCUCUCACAUGCUGCAGACCUAUGUGAGGGGUAAAGAUGCAGCUACUUGUAUGGAAACAAUUUGUACUGCGGAUAUUUUGGGUUUACCAAAUGGUUCGGGCACUCUGACUGUAUUCACCAAUGAUAAUGGUGGCAUAUUGGAUGAUCUUAUAGUGAAUAAAGUCAAUGAGAAAGAGCUCUAUGUAGUCUCGAAUGCGGCUAUGAAGCAACAAGAUAUGAACAUAAUGAGUUCGGCUGUGUCUCAUUUUAAAUCUCAAGGCAAGGAUGUAUCGAUAGAGUUUCUGACCCCAUCGGAUCAAUCUCUCAUAGCUAUACAGGGACCCCAAGCAGUUGCUGAGCUGGCAAAACUGUUGGCACCACAAACGCAAUCCUUAGAUCAAUUGUACUUUAUGAACUCCUCUACUUUCAAUGUAAAUGGUUUGACUAACAUACGAAUUACACGUUGUGGCUACACAGGAGAAGAUGGCGUUGAAGUUUCAGUGCCCUCAACUCAAGUGACAUCGCUAACCGAAGCAUUGCUGGCAAAUGGUAAACUAAAACUGGCUGGUCUAGGUGCUAGAGAUUCGUUACGUCUGGAAGCUGGCUUAUGUCUCUAUGGCAGCGAUAUUGAUACCCAAACCACGCCCAUCGAAGCUGCUUUAGCCUGGCUGGUAGCCAAACGACGUCGGGCAACGAAAGAUUUCCCUGGAGCCGAAACUGUCCUUAAGCAGCUAAAGGAAGGAGUCUCAAAACGUCGUGUGGGCCUCAAAAUGCUGGGCACCAAACCACCGCCGGCUCGUUCGGGCAUACAAAUAUUCAACGAUGAGGGUAAAGAGCUUGUGGGACAGAUAACAAGUGGUUGCCCAAGUCCCAGCAUUGGAUCAAAUAUUGCCAUGGGUUACAUACAAGAAAAAUUAAAGAAAGUUGGCACACGAGUUCAACUAAAAGUUCGCGAUAAGUUUUAUGAGGCGGAAAUCACCAAAAUGCCAUUUGUCGGUGCCAAUUAUUACAGUAAACCAAAGUAAAAAUAAAGAUUAUUCUUCUCUU